AUGCUUCGAAAAACGCGUUUUGUCUGCGUCUCAGAUACUCAUGGAUAUACGCCCUCAGAAGCAGGAUUCAAGCUCCCCGCUGGAGAUGUACUGAUACACGCGGGGGACCUGACAAAAAAUGGAAGCACGGCCGAACUACGCAAGACUAUGGCUUGGAUCUCGGAAGCCAACUUCGAAAUAAAGAUCAUCGUGGCUGGAAAUCACGAUAUCACACUCGAUCCUGAAUUCUACGCGAAACAUGGGCAAUCCUUUCACAGUCGCCUCGAAGACCCGCAGCAGUGCAUUGACAUUGUGAGCGGAUCCUCACCCUCUGUCGUGUAUCUCCAGCACCAAGCCGCUAUCAUUCGCUUGAUUCGACCAGACGGACCAAACACAAUGUUCAAAGUCUUCGGAUCGCCGUACUCCCAAUCUGAGGGAAAUUGGGCUUUUGGCUUGGACUCAAAGGAUACCAAUGCACUUUGGAAUCAGAUUCCUCUCGACGUAGACAUUCUCGUGACGCAUACACCACCUCAAUCGCACUGCGACCAGAAACCCACGGGCAUGCUCGUCGGGUGCAAUGCUCUUCGCCAGACACUCAGGCGCAUCAGGCCGCUAUUAUCUGUUUGUGGCCAUGUGCAUGAGGGAAGAGGAUAUGAAAGGGUCCGCUGGCGGUCGCUUGUUGCCACAGAAAAUGGUGGUGUCGACGACGACGACAUUACCACUCCUGGUUUCUUGCCACCUCUGGGUAGCAAGAAACAGAGCCUGGUUGAUCUGACGGGUAAAAGCAUUCCCUCGCUGGACAACACGGGCUUUUCAGGCUCAGCUGUUGCACAAUGCGACUUCCUGGAAAUGAGCCCGAUGUCACCUCCAUCUUCCAUUGGCCAACCUGCAGCAUUUUCCAUUCUGAAAUCCAUCGUGCCGACGGUAAACGCAGGUAGCCACGUUGUAGAUCAUGGCUGUGCAGCGCAGACGCUCAGAAGGGAGACGUGCAUUGUCAACGCCGCCAUCAUGGCGACUAGUUGGCCGCAUCGUGGAGGCAAGCGGUUCCAUGCACCCAUCGUGGUUGACGUCCAUCUGCCAGUGAGGCAAGAGGGGGACCCGAAGAGGUAA